GGAUCUUGAUUUGUAAAGUCUACCUUACUGCACUCUAGUUUUAGUCCCAGGGUAGCAUUCCACUGGCAUGUUAUGGUAGCAUCUGGUUUUUUUUUUUUUAAUACUGCUGGGAAUGUAUCAUACUGCUUAUUCUCAGACUAUGUUAGUUUAUUAGAAGCUGAAUAAGCAUGAUAGUUGAGCAAAUUGGCGAGCAUUUUGUAUGAUCGUGUAAUUUCUUCUCAUGUAAAGGUGAUGCUGUGGAGUCUUCAAAAAGCCCGACCUCUCUGGAUUACAAAUUUACAGGAGGAUGAAACAGAAGAAGUGGAAGGCCCGCAAUCACCUGGGCAGCUCUUAAACCCUGCUCUAGCCCACUCGAUCUCUGUGGCAUCGUGUGGUAAUAUUUUUAGUUGUGGUGCAGAAGAUGGUAAGGUUCGAAUAUUUCGGGUGAUGGGAGUUAAGUGUGAACAGGAACUGGGAUUUAAGGGCCACACUUUAGGGGUUUCCCAGGUCUGCUUUCUGCCAGAAUCCUAUUUGCUGCUUACUGGAGGGAAUGAUGGGAAGAUAAUGUUGUGGGAUGCAAGCAGUGAAAUUGAGAAAAAACAGAAGAGUCCUACAAAACGUACCCACAGGAAGAAACCUAAAAAAGGAGCUUGCACCAAGCAGGGUGGAAAUACUAAUGCUUCAGUAACAGAUGAGGAAGAACAUGGCAAAAUUUUACCAAAGCUAAAUAUUGAACAUGGAGAAAAAGUGAACUGGCUCUUGGGUACAAACAUAAAGGGACACCAAAAUAUAUUAGUAGCUGAUCAAACUAGUUGUAUAUCUGUAUAUCCCUUAAAUGAAUUUUAAAUCCAAUAAAAACAUUGGAAGAACUGUGGCAAAACUGUUUUUUAGAUCUAAAAAAGGUCCUGGUUCUUUAUUUAAGCUGUUGGUUAAAUGUGAAAUCAUACCAUUCUACUAUACAAAUUUUUAAGAUAUUUGAACAAAAGAUAAUUGGAUAAUACUUUAUAGAGUAAAUGAUAUAUUAAAGUUUGGAGGAA